AUGGCGUUGCGAGCGCUCCGGCGAGUCGGGCCGGGCCUGGCGCCGCGCUGCCCGCGCCUGCCGCCGCCGCUGCCGCCGCGGGUGCUCGCGGCGAGGAGGCUGGGCACCAGCUCGCUGGUGCUGUCGGCCCGCAAAUUCACAGACAAGCAUGAAUGGAUAUCUGUUGAAAAUGGCAUUGGAACAGUAGGAAUCAGCAAUUUUGCACAGGAGGCAUUAGGGGAUGUUGUUUACUGUAGUCUUCCUGAAAUUGGGACAAAAUUGAAUAAACAUGAUGAGUUUGGAGCUUUGGAAAGUGUGAAAGCUGCUAGUGAACUCUACUCUCCUCUCUCAGGAGAAGUGACUGCAAUUAAUGAUGCCCUUGCAGAUAAUCCAGGGCUCGUCAAUAAAUCCUGUUAUCAAGAUGGUUGGCUUAUCAAGAUGACUGUGGAAAACCCUGCUGAACUUGAUGAACUGAUGAAUGAAGACGCCUAUGAGAAGUACAUAAAAUCCAUUGAAGACUGAGCUGGAAUAAUGAAAUAAAUCCAUAUAAAAUAUUUCAAUGUAGUUUGUCAUCAAUCAGUGAAGUACAGAAUAUCCAGUUUUGGCAACCUGAAAAAUCUCACUUAACGAUCCCACACGUAUACAGUGCCAUAAAUAAUUACAGUGAUAAAAAUGUUUAACAUCUGUAUAGCUGCAAGGGUGUUUUAUUCUGUCUGAUUUACGUAACUUCAGGAUGUUCUCUAUAAUAUAUUGGAAAACAACAGUUAUUUGCUAAAAUAUAUACUUUCCAAGAAUGAUUUGACAAUCAAGUUUAUUAAUAACAGCCUUAAUAUGGUAACAAGUGGACACAUGACUGUUCUCAUAACCUGGACUAGAGCUUUCAUUGAAAUGCUUUUCUAAUGCUCCCAAGAUACUGAAAAGGGGUAUCUGCCUAGCUUCCUAAUAUUUUUCCUAAUUAUAGUUGCAGAGAUAAUACCAAAAAAGAAGUCAUAUCAGCUACCUCUUUGCAUGGCUAUUACUUCUUUAUAGAAUUUAUUAAUCCUUUGUUUUCCUUUUUCACUGUACUAUGUAGUCAAAUAGUUCUGCCUUAGAGACAGAAGGUAUGGUCCUUGUCUUCUGAUUUAUAUGCUUCCUUAGUACACAAAACUCAUGUGAUGAUAGUUUAUCAGUGUUCUAAAAUGUUCAGGCUGUAUCUUUUUUUGUCUAGUGAAUAGUAAACGCUACCUAUGUCACAAGUAA